CGUGGACUAUGAACGGGCAGUUCUCGACUACGUUUACUGAAAUCAUUUUUUUUGGAAAUUAUUGUAUGGUGCCACAAACGUUGUUGGAGUACGAAAGCACAACAUCGCAAUUUAAGAGUACUACGCUGUGCAUUCCAGACGUUGCGUCGAAGUGAUUAAGCGAUAGAGUUAAAAAGAGGAAGAAAUAAAAGGGAAAAAUGUCGUCGCUUAGCGGUGAUGAAAGUGAAGUUAUUCAAACAGAACCAGUCAGGCGUACGAGAUCGGGACGGGCACGAAAAGUACCCGCGGCCAAAAAAUCACCAAUCAAAAAGACUCCACGGGCUACAAGAAUGUCCAAGAAGAUUCAAGAAGAAGUCGAUGAAAUUGAGCAGGAAGUAGUUUCACACGAAGAGGAAGAAAUCGAAGAAGCUGCUUCCGAAAAUGGUCUCCAACAAUUCAGUGAAAUAAUUAUUGAAAAUUACGGCGAAGAAGAUCCUUCAACGCUUCAUCUACAAAUGGAAGACUCUCAAGAUGAAAGUUCUUGCAUAAUUGAACAAGAUACUGAGGUGGAAGGUUAUGUACAAAUGGAUCAGGAAACUCAAGGCGUGCCCGAACUCGAAGCUCCUCCUCCUCCAGUCGUAAGCAACAUACCAACUUCCGCUCCUAUUUUGUCCACGCUCAGAGUGAAAGAGCCUGCUCAAAUUAUGGAAGAAGGUGAGGGAGGAACGGGUAGAGUGAUAACAUUGGACGACAACAGUGUCGACGAGAACAGUAUGGAAAAAAUAGAAAUGUUGAGCCAUCAAUCCGUGACAAUGGAGGAAGAAGUUACGAAUGGAGACAGUUCAGACACAGGCGCGAUGCAAGAUCAAUCGAUUGAUUUGAAUGAAGCAUUAGCUGUCGAGGAGGACGCUCAGGUGUUAGAGACGCAAGAGCUUGAGACCGACAAUCCAAGUGUUGAAAUAGAGACAGAAAGAAUGGAGGUUGACGAAUCAGUUGAGGAGGUUCAAGAACCGGUAGAAACAAUUGAUGUACCGAACGAGUUUGAAGAUGCUGAGAAAUCCGUAGUUGAAACGGUGCAUGAAAAUCCGGACGACUUGGAUGGUGACGAAAAUGCUGACAAAACUGAGCCUGAUACCGAAGCUGUUUCUGAAGAUGAAUUUCCCACGGAGGUUGCGGCAAAGGAACCGGAAACCGAAGCUGUUUCCGACGAAGAAUUGCCAGCAGCGCCACCCACUGAUCUUGGUGAGACGGAAUCCGUUUCCGAAGAUGAAUUACCACCGGACAGUGACAAAAAAAGAAGAAGCGGUGCAAAAGCGGCUGCGAAGCUCGCUGAGAAAAAGAGCAAAGCCGAGGGAGCCGUGAAAAGAAAGUUGAACGCUGAAGGAGAGUACGAUCCGAGCUCACCAACUUCUGAGACAAACGAAGAAACACCAGCAAAGAAAGCUGCUCUGACUGUAGAAUCUGAGGCGGACGAGAAGCAAGAGCCACGUCCGCCUUCGCCGAAAAAGAAAACGCUGCCAGAACUGGAAAAAUAUUGGAAAGCAGUAAACGAGGAUCCUUCGGAUUUUACCGGAUGGACAUAUCUUUUGCAAUAUGUUGAUCAAGAAAAUGAUCCUGAGGCGGCACGCGAAGCUUACAACAAAUUUCUCGAACGUUAUCCUUAUUGUUACGGUUACUGGAGGAAGUUUGCGGAUUACGAAAAGAAGAAGGGAGAUCCGGAGAACGUACAAACGGUGUUCGAUCAAGGUUUGAAAGCUAUUUCGCUCAGUGUCGACUUGUGGCUCCAUUACAUCAAUCACUGUAAGGUCGUUUAUGAGAAGGACGAAACCAAACUUCGGGAACAGUACGAGAGAGCAAUACAGGCUUGCGGUCUCGAAUUCAGGUCCGAUCGUCUAUGGGAAAGUUACAUCAAGUGGGAACAAGAGGGCAAACGUUUAAGUCGCGUUACCGCUCUUUAUGACCGACUCCUUUCCACACCGACUUUCGGUUACAAGGGGCACUUCGAGAAUUUCCAGGAAUUCGUGUCAUCCAAUUUACCCAAUCGCAUUCUCAGUGUCGAUGAUUUUCUCGCCCUGCGUGCCGAAGUCAAAGCUCUGUUGAAAUCUGAAGAUACCGCACCUGCUAUCCCAGCGGACGAUGCACCGCCUGGUGAAGAACCACCUCCGCACGAGGCACCACCGACCGAUGAAGAAACCAGGGCACUCAGGGAAAAGAUUAUUAGCAGCAGACGAAAAAUGCACAAAGCUAAUGUCAGCGCUGUUUCUGCGAGAUGGUCCUACGAAGAAGGAAUCAAAAGACCUUAUUUCCACGUGAAGCCGUUGGAACGAUGCCAAUUGAAGAAUUGGAAAGAAUAUUUGGACUUUGAGAUAGAACAAAAAGAUCAGGAUCGCAUAAUAAUAUUGUUUGAGAGAUGUCUCAUAGCGUGUGCUCUCUACGAUGAGUUUUGGUUGAGAUUUGUUCGUUAUCUCGAGUCGCUCAAAGGUGAAAACUCGGAAAAAAUACGAGACGUUUAUUGCCGCGCUUGUACCGUUCAUCAUCCGAAAAAGCCAAAUUUACAUUUGCAAUGGGCUGUGUUCGAGGAAAGCCAAGGUGAUUUCGAUAAAGCGGCCUCGAUCCUCGAGAAAAUCGACACUGUUAUGCCGAAUAUGCUUCAAAUAGCCUAUCGACGAAUUAAUCUCGAACGUAGACGGAACGAUCUUGAAAAAGCGUGCGAACUUUACGAGAGCUACAUCGGUAACAGUAAAAAUCGUACCAUUGGGAACAACAUUGCCGUUAAAUACGCCCGAUUCUUGUACAAGUUUAAGAAUGACAUCGACAAAGCUGUCAAAGUUUUGUUGAAGGCUGCGGAUAAAGAUAAAGACAAUCCUCGACUAUAUCUCCAACUGAUAGAUCUGGGUCUUCAGAGAAACCCGGUUGAUACGGAGGAAGUCGUAGGGUAUAUGGACAUGUUCAUAGAACGCGAGCACGCCGAUCUUGAACAAAGAGUUUUAUUCGCUCAGCGAAAAGUUGAGUUUCUCGAGGAUUUCAGUCUCGACAUAAGUCAAGUUAUGAAGGCUCACGACCAGUUCCAAAAAUGUAUAAAACAGGCCAAAGAGCGUAAAAAAGCGAAGACCGACGAGAGCAAAGUAGACUCGUCACCACCGAAGAAACCAAAAACGGGGGAUCAGUCGAGCGUACCGCCACCUCCGACAGUGGGUACACAGUCGUCCUAUCAAUACAGCAGUGGUCCGAGUGGGCCAUAUCAAUCCCAACAACAAUUCCAGAGCGGACAGUAUGGCGGACAGGGCGGAUAUCAGCAGGGAUAUCAGCAAUAUCCACCCCCCUCUGACCCGAAUUAUGCUAAUUAUCAAAACUGGCAGUACAGCCAGGGUGGACCACCGGCUUACGGGUCAUAUAAUCAGUGGGGAUCUUACAACUACUAUUAACCCAAAUACACGUAAAAAAAAGCGAAGAGAACAGAACACAAGGGAAUGAUUGAGUUGAUUGGGAGAAAGAAAAACAAAAACAAAUGAAUGACUUUUCGGACACAAAAUGGCCCGUGUUAAAGUUCACCGGACAAACAAAAUAAUACGACGAUCGGUGAAUUAUCAGCCACGAGAGAAUACAAAAUAAUACCAACAACAGAUGUUCAACUAUGUAUAUUUCAUCACGGAUACGUGAUUCGUACAAAACGUGUGUUACAAUGGUUAUAGUUCGUAUUCGACAGUUUACGAAUCAUUUCUGUUCCUAUAAACCUUACCGUUUUCCCUUUUUUUCAGUCCAAUCUUACAAUAUUGACGUGUAGCACAUGAAAACUUCGUGACAUUUGACAAAAGCACUAUGUUUAACCACUUUCAAGCUGUACCGAAAUAUAAUCUUACAAGUUC